UUGCCUGCAAAUGGGCAAGAUCAGUGGCCUCAGACAGACCCUAGCAUCGGACAACUCCAUGGACCCCUCUUCCUGCUUCUCCAGCUGCCGGGACUAACGGUUUCAAUACAGCAGCUACCCAGAAGCCUUGCUCACAAUCCUGAAGGACCUGGCCUUCCUCUGAGAUGGCAUCCGGAGGGUGCAGUCUGAGGUCAGGCAGCACAUCCACCACCAAUGGGCCAUCCUUGGCUGAGCUCUAUGCUAAGGUAGACCUUCACUUGGGCUGCUCACGCUGUACCCAGUGCCUCAAUGAGAGCACCUACAUUCUGCAUGAGGUAGAGCACACCUGCCCCAGGGAGAUCUUGCUGGCCCACUUCAAGCAAGCAGCCAAGAGCAAGAUCUGGCGUAAGGUGGGCCUUAGGCCCAGCUUCCCAACGCCCAUGCGCUAUCAAGUCUGUCACUUCUAUAGCCCAGGGUUGGGCUGUAGGCGUCACUGGAACAGGUGCACCUUUGCCAGCAGUCCUGAGGAGGCACUGGUCUGGACAUUUGAGCGCAAGUACAACCUUCCCCGACUGAAACUGAUAGAGGCUGUGCAGGGCGCCAGAGCCCCAGAUAGGCUGCAGACCCCAGCUGACACCAUCCGUGCAGAGUUUGGUGGCCACUUCCAAUUGCUCUGUGCCCUCUGCUUCAAGUGCCGUCCCCCAUGCCUCUGCCCCGUGGACCCCAAGGGCCAUUGCCCUAAGCACCAAAUCUGCCCCACACUCCUCAUCCAUGUUAUAGUUGAGGGCCAAAAGCGACAAUUCGUGGAGGUGCGGCCACUGCCACAAAGAAGACAUCCUUUAAACUACUGCAUGUAUGUGGGCCGUGGGGUACCAUGCUACCAUGGGGCCUCACGCUGUGGGUUUGCACACAGUGCUGUGGAGAUGGCUGUGUGGAAGGCUGAGCAGUUGGAUGGGCUUCAGAGAGGAGAUCUGCUCACAUAUCCUCUCUCUGGGGAGGACAAAAGGAAAGCCAGCCCUGGUCAGCCUCCUGUGGUCAAACUGUACUGUCAUGCCUGCUUGGUCACCUGUAGUUCUCAAGAGGCGUUUGAGAACCAUUGCUCCUCUCUGGAGCAUGCACAGAUGGUGGCCUUUGACCAGGCUGUACCCUGGAAGCACCGUGCCCCACCUAUGGGGCUCUCCAAGUUCAAGCUCUGCCCUAGGCCUGAUCUCUGUGAGCACGGAGAGGUCUGCAUCAAGGCACACUCAAAAGAGGAGUUACAGGAGUGGGUUCAGCGGGCACAAGACAUGGAACUGCGAAAACAAGCUGCCUGGCAGGAUGGGCUGGUACCUUACCAGGCACGGCUUCUAGCAGAAUACCAGUGCAGCAGCAGAGAGAUGUCAGUGAUGGCUGAGACUGUCCGUGGAGUGUCUGUCACUUGCCACCAGCCACUGGUGCAUCAGGCCCAGGAGAAGAAGACCCAGCACAAGUGGGUGUUCACCAUUCACUCUGAGGACCCCUUGCUACAUGUGGCCCUACUCAAGCAAGAGCCUGGAGCGGCCUUCUCACUGUUUUCCCCAAGUCUCCCACCACACCAGCUCUAUGCACAGGGAAAGCACUUCUGUGUACACAACUCCCCAGCCCAAUUCCAGGUAGGGGUGCUUGUGCAGGCUGCCUCCUUUGGAAGCUUUGAGCAAUGGGUGGUCUUUGACUUUGGUCGCAGGCCAGUGCUUCUCCAAAAGCUGAAGUUGCAGCUAGGCCAGACACACAACCUGGGGCUCAAUGGGAAGCCAACAUCCAGCCACCCCCGGGAGCUGGAAUGCUGGCACACGGGCAACCGCCAUGUGGUGCUUGAGGUAGAUUGGACACCUGAGCAGGAAGCCCUGAUGGCCAAGUACAAGUUACCCUCUCUGGCCCUGGAGUUCAAUCAGAAUGUUCUGGUCUGGGGGCCCAUCUCUCGUACAAAUUACCGACAGAGGAUGCACAAAUUUCUCUAUGAGGAGGAAGCAGCCCAGCAGCAGCUGGUAGCUAAGCUGGCCAUGAAGGGCCAGGUAUCCCUGAAGACAGCACUGGAGACACCAGCACUCGGCAUGCUCUUUGCACCACCAGGGGCCCUCUAUGCCAAGGUCCCCUUCCCCUCCUCUCUGUUGCCAGACACUGACCAGGGAUUCCUGCUGAGCCGAGCAGUCACUACCGCCCUUGUGGCUCCUGUGCCUGCGCCUAACAGUACAGUAUACCAAGUGCAGCUGGAGGCACGGGCCAGUUCAGAGCAUGCACUGUGGCUGCUGUUACCAGCGCGAUGCUGUACCGCUCUGGGGCUGCAGGCCCAAGACAGCCCCGUCUUGGAGGUGCAGUUCCAGAUUGACCCUCUGACCUUCCGGUUCUGGCAUCAGGCAGUGGAUGCCCUGCCUGAGGAGCGCCUGGUGGUUCCUGACCUGCCUGCCUGCACCCUGCCCUACCCCUGGCCCACUCCACCCUCAUUUCGUGGCAAUCACAAACAGAAGCUGGCUGUGGGGCUCAUUGCAGGCAGGAGACCCGAGGAUACAAAGCACAUUCCACCACUGCUCAUCUAUGGCCCCUUUGGCACCGGCAAGACCUACACAUUGGCCAUGGCUGCCCUUGAGGUUGUCCAGCAGCCCCAAACCAAGGUGCUCAUCUGCACACACACCAACAGUGCUGCAGACAUCUAUAUCCGGGAGUAUUUCCACAGCUAUGUCAGCAGUGGCCACCCAGAGGCCACUCCACUCAGGGUGAUGUAUGCAGAUCGUCCUACAAGACAGACUGAUUCAACCACAUUGCAGUAUUGCUGCCUAACUGAGGACCGCCAGGCCUUUCGUCCACCCACAGGCCCAGAGCUGGUACAUCACCGUUUGGUGGUCACCACCACUUCUCAGGCUCGUGAGCUCCAGGUGCCAGCCGGCUUCUUCUCCCACAUUUUCAUCGAUGAGGCAGCCCAAAUGCUGGAGUGUGAGGCCCUUAUCCCACUCUCCUAUGCCUUGUCACUAACCCGUGUAGUACUGGCUGGAGACCACAUGCAGGUCACACCUAGGCUCUUCAGUGUGCCCAGGGACAAGGCAGCUGGUCACACGCUGUUGCACCGUCUCUUCCUGUACUACCAGCAGGAGGUACACAAGAUCGCUCAGCAGAGUCGCAUUAUCUUCCAUGAGAACUACCGGUCAACUGCAGCCAUCAUCAACUUUGUAUCCCAUCAUUUCUAUUUAGCCAAGGGCAACCCCAUCCAGGCCAGUGGCAAAGUCCCACGUCACCCCCAACACUACCCUCUCAUGUUUUGCCAUGUGGCAGGCAGCCCUGAGCAGGACAUGUCCAUGACAUCCUGGCUUAACUCAGCUGAGGUCACCCAGGUAGUGGAGAAGGUGCAGGAGAUCUACAACACCUGGCCUCACUGCUGGGGACCCCAGGAGCAGAGACACAUCUGUGCUGUCUCUCAUGGUGCCCAGGUUAGUGCGCUGAGACAGGAGCUAAGAAGGAGGAACCUUGGUGAGGUGUCUGUGGGCAGCUUUGAGAUCCUGCCAGGGCGUGAGUUCCGGGUGGUGGUACUGAGCUCUGUCCACAACCGCAACAGUCUGCUCAGCCCUGGGGCACCAACCUCAGAGUUCUUCACUGAGCCCCGUGUGCUGAACACGGUCAUGACCCGUGCCCAAUCUCAGCUGGUGGCUGUGGGAGACGCUGUGGCUCUCUGUUCCUCUGGAGCCUGCAGAAAUCUCUGGAAAAGCUUCAUCCGUGAGUGCAUAGAACAUCACAGUGUCUUCCCUGAGGAGCUGUCACUGGAACAGAUCGAGCAGGGUGUGGCCCAGAGACAGAACUGGGCCUCAUUGACACUUAGAGCUAGGGACCCAGAGACAGAGCACAAAUCUAUGGCACAGGACCUGCAAAGGCCCAUAGCUGAAGGGACCAUGGUCACAGUGAAGGCAGAGACUAGAGCCAGGGCAGCAUCCACAGCACAGACAGAGACAGUAGCAGCAGGAGACACAAUAAAAGGGAACUCAGCCUCUAGAGAUGCAGCCGUGGAAGUGUCUACCCUGGAAGGUGAGAUGUCUGAGGAAGAUUCAGACUCUGACUUCUGGCCUUCUGGUUGGGAGCUCAAUGCUGAUGAUGCCAUCCUGAAGGAACUUCUUGAUGAGAGCCGGCAAGUGACUGUGACUGUUAGGGAGGAUGGACUUCUGGACACUGUGGUUUGCCCCACAUUCGCGCAGAAGGUCCGGCAGUACACAAACCUACCCUUAUCCGUGCUGCGGAAGUUCCUGCGCUCAGACCCCAAGCAAUACCACCGCUGCAGCUUCUUACAGGAGACCUUUGAGAGAGCAUUGGCCACACCACUGGAUGACACGGCUUCUAGCCCUAUCCAGGUCAGGGGUCGUCUGAACUGUGGGAUGGCCUUCACAGGGGAUGAGGUGCUAGUAAAGAUCCUGGGCCCAGCAGUAGAUGACAGGAGCAUCCCUGGAAGCCUGCAGGGUCGUGUGAUGGGUGUCCUGAAGAGAAGGAGGCAUGAACUGGCCUUUGUGUGUCGGAUGGAUGAGUGGGACCCCCGCAUCAUGAUCCCUAUCAAUGGAUCUGUGACUAAGAUUUUCGUGGCAGAGAUGAAGGACCCACAGCAAGUUCCCAUUCACCGCCUAGUUCAAGGCCAGGUUCAGCGUGUGAGGCAUGAGACCCUCAAGCCUGAGGACCGAAGCACCCGGCUUUUCUGGGUCCGUAUUGUCCUUUGGCGGGAACGUUUCUACUAUCCACUAGGCAUUAUCCUUGAGGUGCUGCCCAAGGCCAUCACCUGGGAGCAGGGCCUUCAUAUCCUUGACCUAGAGCAUGGCCUGAAGGCCCACACACCAGACCCAGCCUCAGUUUCCAAGGCUCUGCAGAGAUACCGCUCAGAGCUAAAAAUGGCCGCUGGUCACCGAGAGGACUACCGCCACUUCCUGACCUUUACUGUGGACCCCCAGGGUGCCUGCAAUCUUGAUGAUGCUCUUAGUGUCCGGGACCUAGGCCCAGAGUAUGAGGUGGCAGUACAUAUUGCUGAUGUGGCCAGCUUGGUGCCCAAGGACGGGGCCCUGGAUGUUAUAGCCCGCCAGCAGGGCACUGUGUUCUAUGCCCCCAGCAGGGAGCCAGUACUCAUGCUGCCCGCCAGCUUGUGCCAGGAUGUGCUCAGCCUUCUACCAGGUCAGGAUCGCCUCGCCAUUUCUCUCUUCCUCACCAUGGAGAAAGGCAGUGGCCAGAUCAAGAGUCUGCGAUUUGCACCCUCCAUAGUCCGCUCCGACCGCCAGUUGUCAUAUGAGGAAGCCGAAGAACUGAUCAAGAGAAACCCUGGGGCUGGCCUGGAGCUGCCAACCCAUUUGGACUCUGUGGAGGACUGUGUUGUGGCUGCCUGCUACUUCUCUUGGAUGUUACGUCGUCAACGCCUCCCAGCUGCCUGUUACUAUGAACCGCCAGAUGAGGACAGUGUUCUGGGCUUCCGCACAGCCCACAUCAUGGUCCAAGAAUACAUGAUCCAGUUUAACAGGCAUGUGGCUGAAUUCCUUGUGGACAACAAGCACACACAGACACUCACGCCACUAAGGUGGCAGCCCGCACCCACUAGGCAGCAGCUUGAUGGUGUUUUCAAGAAACACAGAGGACUGGUGCCUCUGUCCCUGCACCUAUGCCACCACUCGAACACCCACUAUACCCCUAACAAGCAGCUGCAUCUUCUCACUUCCCUCUGGAAACAAAUGCAGCUUGCAGCUGGUACUCAGGACUACAGCCAGAUGGUGGACCUUAUUGCUGCAGAUGACAUGCACCCUUCACUGGCUCCUGCUUGCCUGGAUUUCCGGAGGGCUCUAGGCCGCUCUGUUUUUGGUCGCUCCUGCCAGGAUAAGCAGCAACCUGCUGGCCACUACUUACUGCAGGUAGAUUGGUACACAUGGGCGACCUCACCCAUUCGUAGGUAUCUAGAUGUGGUGUUGCAGCGGCUAAUCCUGCUGGCACUGGGCCACAGGGGCUGUACAUAUUCUAAUAGGGACAUUGAUUGGCUCUGCCUGGACUUCAGUCGCCAGCAUGCAAGUGCCCAGAGCUACCAACGGCGGGCUUGCAGCCUGCACCUGGCCAUCCAGCUCAAGACCCAGACUCAAAACAAGCUGGGCUUUGUAGUGGAUGUGGAGAUGGGUGCCCACUGCUUCAAAGUGCUUUUCCCUAUAAAUCGGGAAACCCUGCCUGAUCCCUGCCCUAUUCACUACCAUUCCCUGCAGUUGGCUGAGCACCCCCAGGAGCUUGUGAGCCAGACAGGCUUGCGGCUUGUAUGGCGGCGCCGCAUGUACUCGGUGCAGGCAUCCAAGCUGCCUUUACCACUUCUGGGCACCAGUUUUGAUUCACACACCCAGACUGUAGAUGCAGCCCUGUGGAUGAAGCUACUGAUGCUGCUGAAGGAGCAGCGCUGGCCUGAGAUAGCUGCCCUCAUCCAGGAGCAAGAUAUGCUUUCUCAUCGCAGGGAGAAAGUACAGAUACACCAGAGCUGCUGUGGACACUUUGUAGAGGUGGCCUAUGAACUGGGCAGUGGAGAUACCCUGCAGGUUCAGCUUGGUUCCAGCCUGCAACGGGGUUUCCUGGCACCAACCCUGCAGCUGUGGACUGUGGUACCUGGCUUCAGCCUCUGUCUGGAGCACAUGGAACGGCCAGGUGACUGCUUUUCAAGCCAUGUGUACCAGGCUCUGAAAGACCGCUAUCUUGAAGUCAGGGAGUACUCGGAUGUGUGGGGGCCACGCUGUGCCCUGGAGUCACUCACAAGUGCUGUUACAGAAAAUGACUCCAUUGUGCUUCAGGAUGUGCAUAUCUCUUGGGACACAUCACAGGGGCAACUGCAGGGCACCUUCCAGCUGGAAGCUGCUUUUCUCCAGGAGAAAUGUAUCAAUAUCCACUUUGGCUGUUGCUAUCUCUGCAUUCGGCUUGAGGGGCUUCCUCUCCCCCUAGCUAGCUCACUCCCUGGGCCUAGUGGCCUUGGCCCCUUCUUGAACAUUGACCCCAAUACAUAUACCUGGGUGGCCCAUGGGCUGUCUGGUGACUGGGACCAUGAACUGACUGGUGAUUGGGACCAGGAGAGUGUGGAUGAUCGGCAGGAAGUUCCCAAGCAGGUACAUUUCUCCAUCCAUCACAUGACCAUGGAGAAGGUUCCAGAAGAGGUGCUGAGACCUAACGCUCGGUUCACCGUGGAAGUGCUAGCUAAGCAGCUUCCUGACCUCCGCAAGGAAGAAGCUGUGCGUCAACUGAAAUGGGCAUCCCCGUUGGUCAUUAGCAUCGCCUUGGGCCUGCCGAUCCCUGAGUCCCGUUAUCCAAUAUCCGGGCACCGUCACCCAGUAUCUGAGCCCCAUCGCCCAAUAUCCAGGCCCUGUCGCCCAAUAUCUGAGUUGCAUCGCCCAAUCCCCGAGCCCUGCCAUCCAGUCCCUGAGCCCUGUCAUGGUAGGGGUGGCUGGCCUCACCAGCGUUCUUUCCACAAGGCACCUACCAGCAGGUUCUUGGAGCGGCAGAACUACAACAUCCCUGCUGGACAUCAUAAGCUGAACCCGAGCCAGGAUAGGGCUGUCAGGAGCGCACUGCAGAAACAAUUCACAGUCAUCCAGGGCCCACCAGGCACGGGGAAGACCGUUGUGGGCUACCACAUCGUGUACUGGUUCCACAGAUCAAACCAGGAGCAGAUGCCAACUGGCAGCAGCCCUAGUGGAGAAGAACAGCUGGGGGGCCCAUGUGUCUUAUACUGUGGUCCCUCCAACAAGUCUGUGGAUGUCCUGGGAGGACUGCUCCUGAGGAAGAAGACAGAGAUGAGGCCCCUGCGUGUGUAUGGGGAGCAGGCAGAGGCCACUGAAUUCCCGCUGCCAGGAGUGAGCAACAGGAGUCUAUUUGGCAAGACCUCUCAGGAAGGAAGACCAAAUCAGAACCUCAGGAGCAUUACCCUUCACCACCGGAUCCGCCGGGCCCCCAACCCAUAUGCGGCAGAGAUCAGAAAAUUUGAUGCCCAGCUUCGGGAAGGGAAAAUAUUCUCAAAGGAGGAUCUUAUGGUGUACAAGAGAGUCUUGGGGAAGGCACGCAAAUAUGAACUGGAGCGGCACUCGGUCAUCCUGUGCACGUGCUCCUGUGCAGCAUCAGGAAGCCUGAAAAAUCUGAAUGUUCGACAAAUCCUUAUCGAUGAGGCAGGCAUGGCCACUGAGCCAGAAACACUUAUUCCUUUGGUGUGCUUCUCAAAGACUGAGAAGGUAGUUUUGCUCGGAGACCACAAGCAGCUUCGGCCUGUGGUCAAGAAUGAACAGCUGCGGAACCUGGGGAUGGACCAGUCUCUCUUUGAGAGGUACCACAGGGAUGCCAUCAUGCUGGACACACAGUACCGUAUGCAUAAGGACAUCUGUUCCUUUCCAUCCAUGGAGUUCUACGGGGGAAAGCUGAAGACCUGGUCUGACCUCAGGCGUCCACCCAGCCUCCUAGGUCAUGUCGGCAAACAGAGCUGUUCUGUCAUCUUUGGCUCUGUGCAGGGCCAUGAGCAGAAACUGCUGGUGUCCACUGAGGAUGGCAAUGAGAACUCUAGGGCCAACCCGGAGGAGGUAACAGAGGUGGUCCGCAUCAUCAAGCAGUUGACCCUGGACCGGACAGUGGAUCCCAAAGAUAUUGCCGUCCUUACACCCUACAAUGCACAGGCUGCUGCAAUCAGCAAGGGCCUUAUGCAAAGAGGAGUCACUGGAGUGACUGUGACUUCUAUCACCAAGAGCCAGGGGAGUGAGUGGCGCUAUGUGAUAGUGAGCACUGUCCGAACAUGCCCUAGGAGUGAUGUGGACCAGCGGCCAACCAAGAGCUGGCUCAAGAAGUUUCUGGGCUUUGUUGUAGACCCCCACCAAGUAAACGUGGCCAUCACCCGGGCCCAGGAGGGGUUGUGCAUCAUUGGGGACCAUCUACUGCUACGCUGCUGCCCACUCUGGCGCCGUCUCCUAGACUUCUGUGAGACCCAGCACAGCCUUGUGUCUGCUGCGAAGGUGCGAGUCCAGAGAAAGUCUGCUCUGUCUUCUUGAGGAACUGCCACCUGCCCAGCCCUUGAGGUGUCAUCAACUGAGGGUAUAUCCCUCAUUCUUCUUUACCAAGGUCCUGGGCAUACAGAAGAUUGCUACAGCUCAGAGUCACAGCUCAAAUUAGUCAACUACCUCUGCUAUCUUCUUGGGAAAGGCCCUGGUAUUGGCUGCAGUCAUAUAGCAGUGACAGUCUUAUGGGUGGUGGCCGCUUCCUGUGCCGGAAGCAGGCUUAAUAAUGAUGACCUUCCUGUUUGUGCUUGGACUUGAGUAGAAGGGAAAGAGCUGGAGGCCGGCUUCUUUGCUCUCAACUCCCUGUGUUGUUACCGGGGGUGGGUGUGGGUGGGUGGGGGGCUAAACAGUAUUUAGACUCCUCCGAAACUACACUUUGACACUGAGAUCCUUCUAUGAUUGCACUAGACACCAUGUAUUCCUUUGCCCUAUUUUUUAGUCUUAAUAACCUAAAGCCAGUGCAUCUCUACAGGGACACUCAGAGUGGGCAAGAAACCUUCCCCAAGAAAGACUUUUUCUCUUGUACUGUUUACUGCCUUGUGUCCUACAACCCUCCCCCCACCUCGCCACCCUCCCCGCCCCCCCCCCCCCCAGCUUGGGGGCAAGAAGGGCAGAGCUGAACCAAAUGCUCACACAGUCCUAUCUCCUGGGAUGUAAAAUAGCUGACCUAUGGACAGGCAACUGGAAAUGAGGUACCUAGUACCUCUGGGCCUGUUCUUCACUGUGCUCCCAUACCUAUGUCCAGGGCUUUAGGACAACCUUCCUGGCACCAUCCUUUUCUCUCCCAUCAUGUCUCCCUCUUUAUGCUCACCUCCUGGCAAUUCCAAAGCUGGAAUCAGCUCCCCCUUCAGUGUGACCUCCCCACUCUCCUAAGGUCAGAAAUGCUGCAAGUGAAGUAUACACCAGGACAUCUGGGGUUUCUAAGGCCUGGCUGCAGAGCCUCCUAUGAGAAUAUCUGGUGUUUUCUACAAAUUAAGUUUCUACAUUCCAAUUUUUAUAUUUUUCCUCAGGUUAUGCCUUAUAUAACUGGAUAAUUUUAUUACAAAAACUGCUCUGAAA